GCAAUUUUAUCUCAUUUUAUCCUCUAAAUCCAUUUUGGUGGUUUUAUCUUAGUAUAAAUGGACUAAGAUAAAAUACUCAAAGGUCCCCACUAUAUAAUUUGUGAAAAAAUCUUAAAGGAAACUCGAAAAGGAAGAGGCAGAGACAACAAAAGCAAGAAAAUGUGUGUGGGAGCGUAAUCAUCAACAUUCAACAUAAAUCACCUGCCAAUUUGUCUCCUGUUUAUAGCCUCAUCUGAAUCUCCCCAAGUUUUCCCUCGAUUUGCGAGGUUCCUGAGCUCACAUCACUGACUUGAUAAGGUGAUGGCGGGUGAGGAAGAUAUUGAUCUCUCAGCUUUAAAAUCCCAAUUGGCUCAAACAGACCUUACUUGGAAGCUAGAGAUGGAGAAAAGUCAGUCCCAAGUGGAUGCUUUGCAAGCAAAACUGUUGGAGGUAAAUGCUUUUAUUCAAGGAUCAGAGGAAGAUACAAAGAGAGAGUUAGAUGCUCUAUGGCAUAGAGUCAGAACUGUUACAACGUUGAUGACGUACUUGAAAGCUAAAGCCAGAGUCAUGGCUGUUCCAGAUUUGGCCAAUUCCUCAUGCGGUAUCAAAGAACUAGAUGGAGUAGGCCUUGUAGAUAAAAAUGGGAUACCAUUAUCCGGUUGGUCUAGGGAUGUAGAUCUCUCGUCUUUUGAUGAUGCUGAUGAUGAAACAUGGAUUAGACUUUCGAGUAAACAAGGUCACCUUGAUGAACAAGAUGGAUCUUAUAUGAGUGAAUUACUCAGAAGUGUACAGUUGGUUACAGAUGUUAUGGAAAGUCUUGUAAAGAGGGUUAUAAUGGCGGAAUCUGAAACUGCUAUAGAGAAAGAGAAUGUAACGGUUGGUGAAGAAGAGAUUAAAAGGAAAGCGCUCCAAAUUGAAAACAUGUCUGUUAAGUUAGAGGAAAUGGAAAGAUUUGCUCUGGGUACAAAUCUUAUCCUGACUGAGAUGCGGCAGAGAGUUGAAGAUUUGGUUGAAGAAACUUCUAGACAGAGGCAGAGAGCUGCAGAAAAUGAGCAGGAGCUUUGUCGUGUUAAGAGAGACUUUGAGUCUCUGAAAUCCUAUGUCAGUAGUCUCAUUAGUGUGAGAGAAACACUUCUAUCAUCAGAAAAGCAAUUCCAGACUAUUGAAAGGCUUUUUGAGCGGCUGGUUGCCAAGACAACACAACUGGAGAGUGAGAAGAUGCAGAAAGAGGUUGAAGUACAAAAACUGAUGGAAGAAAAUGUGAGGUUGACUGCUCUACUUGAUAAGAAAGAGGCACAACUUUUGGCCAUGAAUGAACAAUGCAAGGUUAUGGCGCUUAGUGCUUCAAAAAUUUAGUUUUAUGUGUUUAGACUCUUUGUUCGUUGCGGGGCUUUGUCAUGUUCCUUGUGGCCCUCCAGCUUAAAAAGCUGAAUGAAACACCUGAAAUCCUUAUAUCCAGUAAAUGCAGCUUUGAGAGGAACCUUUGUACCCCUAGUUGUCUUGUACUGCGUCAUUGAUAAAAUGCAAAAUUUGUUCUUAAAUCUAAUGAAAGGACCAGAUUGCACCCCCUUGUCUUUUACAUCUAUGACGAAUUCUGCUUCUAUUUUUCAUUUCACUUUAUUGAAGAAUGAAGAUGGCAGUCA